AUGGCUCGCGAGCUCGGCCGUCCGCACGUCAGACGGGCGGCAGAGAAAUGCGCGGACCGGCGCAAGAUGACGACUGCCUUUUGGGCCGCGCUGGCCGCAGGCCACGUCCGCACUGCCCGGGCUCGGGCGCAGGGUGCGCCGGGUGCGGAGGUCAAGGGCAAGGUGGCGCUGAUCACUGGCGCGUCCACGGGCAUCGGCAAGGCCACGGCCUUGGGCCUCGCGAAGGGCGGCUACGGCAAGAUCUUCCUGGCCGGCCAUGACGAGGCAAAGACCCAGGCAGCGAUCCGAGACUUGAAGGCCAAGAGCGAGGCGGAGCUGGAGUAUUUGCCCCUGGAGCUGGCCAACUUGGGCUCCGUGCGCUCGGCGGCGCAGGCUUUCCAGGCCACCAGUCUGCCGCUGCACGCGCUGAUCUGCAACGCAGCGGUGAUGGCGCUGCCAGAGCGCCGGGUGACGGAGGAUGGCCACGAGUACCAGCUGGAGGUGAACUAUUUGAGCCACUUCCUGCUGGUAAACCUCCUGCUCCCGCAGCUGACGGCUGCGGGUUCGCAGCAAGAUCCCGCCAGGAUCAUCAACGUGUCCUCCUCCGCCCACUUUGUACGGAGCCCUUUGGGCUUUGGUGACGCGGGCCAGCUGGAUGCUGGCCAGGUGGACUACUACCCCUGGACGGCCUAUGGCCAGUCCAAGCUGGCGCAGGUGAUGUUUACCUAUGAGCUGGCACGGCGCCUGCAGAAGCAAGGCUUGCCAGUGGUGGCCAAUGUCUUGGACCCUGGCAUUGUGGACACAGAACUGCAGCGUUAUUUGCCCACUCGGGCGCCGGAGGCCGUGAUGAAGUUCGCCAAGUCGCCGGAGCAGGGCGCAGAGACCUCCGUUCUGCUUGCCACUGCGGCGGCCGGGCGGGCCUCCGGCGGCUACUGGGUGGAUGGGAAGCGCGCGGAGAGCUUGGGAAAAGGGGCGUCGCCCCUGCCGCUGAACAAGGAGCUGGCUGUGGAGGGGACCACGUCUUAUGACCCCAAGGUGUGGGAAGCCCUUUGGCGCCGCAGCGCUGAGCUGGUCUUAGACGUGGGGGGCGAGCCGGGCUUCCUUGCCGCAGCACUGCUCUCGCGAGGUAUUCCGGUGACGGUAGUCGACCUGUCCUGGGGCAAGACGGGGAAGAACAAUCACACGACCCAGAUUGAGGACAUGGAGGAGGCGGGGCUCCCGGAGCACGCUCGCUUCCGCGCCGUCCCGGCGGCCUUCGACGAGAGCUUCGUGGCAGAACACCGGGAGCUGGUGGAGGCAUGUAGCGCCCUGGUGUCCUUGUACGGGGAUGAGGCCACCACACCUUGCCUGCACUACGAGCCUUGGUUGCGGACGUCUGAAGCCGUUGGAGGGGGUCGGGUAUUCCAUGUUAGCCUUCGGGAGUGUAGAAGCCGCCAACAUCCGCCAACUGGCAAGUGGGCCGUUGUUGGAGGGAGUGGGUUUUUGUUCACCGGGGGAAGGGCCGCCUAA